AUGGCUGCGCGGGAUUUUGGUCGUCAGGUGUGGGCCCCGGAUGCAAAGGAAGGAUAUGUGUUGGGCACACUCGACGACAUCGGUACGGAGAAUAUCACUGUUGUACGAAAGGACGGCAGCGGUCAAAUUAAAGCGAGCUACGAGGAGGUCUUUCCGGCCGAGGACGACCCGAAGAAAACCGUCGACGAUAAUUGUGCACUAAUGUAUUUAAACGAAGGAACUUUACUUAACAAUUGUCGACAACGCUAUUUGAAAAAACAAAUUUAUACAUAUGUUGCCAAUAUACUCAUCUCUAUUAACCCAUACGAAGAAAUCGAUGGUCUUUAUUCAAUUGAUACUAUAAAGAAAUAUCGAGGAAAAUCGCUAGGACAAUUGCCACCCCACGUCUACGCAGUUGCUGACAAGGCUUAUCGAGAGAUGAGGCGUAACAAGGAAUCACAGUCGAUUAUCGUUUCUGGAGAAUCUGGCGCUGGUACCUGUGUGAAAAUUGGGGAGCGGCUGCCGGUCCAAUACCAGAAACGUAUACUUGAAACAAACCCGAUUUUGGAAGCAUUCGGCAAUGCGAAAACGCUCCGAAACAACAACUCAAGUCGAUUCGGAAAAUUCGUUGAAAUUCAUUUUGACUCGGAUGAUAAAGUCGCCGGCGGUUUUGUGUCACAUUAUCUCCUUGAGAAAUCAAGAUACCUGAAGCAUGGUACGACAAGCUUUUUCGUUCGGCCUGGCUCCAAGUCAAAAGUCAGCCCCGAGCGCCUUAGCGAACAGGCGCGGAAAUCCGGACUGUUGACCGAUGCCAUCGUUGACGAUGCAGCCGACUUCUCUCAUCUAGUUGAUGCUCUUGGAAGAGCCGGACUCACCAAGGAGGAGGUAUAG